UGGAUCUUUUACCAUGGCUACAGGCCUGUAUUUGAUGGUCCAAGCACCAAGGACAAGGGAUGUACAACCAGUUGUAGCUGUGGGCUAGCUAACUGACUUCUGAGCAAGAACUUCGAGUAAAGGUCAUCCUAUUGGAAAACAACAUCCCGAGACAGCCAGGACAGCAGAAAACAAAUAAGCGAACCAGAGCAGCUAUAUCAAAGGUUACACGCCAAUAGACAGUUUCCUUGGAGGUUGUGUGCAUGACUGAUACACGUGCUUCAAUGUGACGUCACAUCAACAUCAUGACGUCAUACUGAUCAGCGCAGCAAGUCAUUGACACACAUGGGGAAACGAUAAAAUAAAACAUGCAAUACUGCCUCAUAACUCAGAAAGUUUUAAGCAAAACUAUUAUAAGUUGAUCUUAAAUUCAAGGAACUGAUAAAGAUCGACAAAUAUUAGUACACAUGUAUAUCACUCACCGUCAUUCAUGGAUUCGUUACCAAUUGUCUAAAUAUAUUACGCACACUCAGAAACCGAGCUUGUGAAUAACCCAAUAUUUCGUCAAACGAUAAACGAUGAUUUGAUUAAAAAUGGCGUCACAAAAAGAUACCAUCAUGGUACCAACGGAGAUUGAGAUUGGCAGAUAUUUCACUUAUCGUUAAUUACAAAGUGUUUCAAUAUAUUAAAAACUAAAAUUAUGAAUUUCUUGCAAAUGUUCUAUUAUUUCGUCUAACACUAAUCCAGAGCUUCAUGAAAAUGGUGUCUUUGAAGGAAGGCAUUGUGGUUACCAUGGUGAUCUGUACAAUGCUCACAGCAUCGACUUUCAUCAUUUGGUAUGACAUGGACGCUAUAGCUACGAACAUUGCUCGACUGAAAAAAUAUAUAUCUGUGCCUGACGAAUCCAGAUGUAGUGCAAGAAGUUCCACUACAGGAGGGAAUAACACGAAAACAAACCAAACAUCAAUCGGUAUAGGCUGUGCUAUCAGCACCAAAGGAUUUAAUCCAUCGUCAGUUUUGUCCACACAUCCAAUUUUUACAACGCUGAUGCUAAGUUUCUGUGAGACAGCUUCUCCGGGUUACUCCUAUAAUAUCUACAUUAGCUACGAUUACACGGAUGCUUUCUUCAAAGAUCAAAAUUCGCGAGAUAGUUUUAAAGGUAAAAUUUUCGAUAUGGCCAAAAAGCAUUGUACAUCAUCUUUACUUAUGUGCGUGCAUUUUGUUCGUUGUCCAUUCGAAGGUGCUCCAGCCCAUGCUCAGAAUUAUGCAAUGAUAGCGGCGUACAAUGACUCGAUGGACUACCUUUACAGAAUUAAUGACGACACAAAAAUGGUGUCAAAGUCAUGGACCGAAACAUUCAUCGCUGAACUCUCCAAGUUUAAUCCACCAAAUGUUGGCGUUGUCGGACCAAAUCACCAAGGAGGAAACACAGAUAUUUUGACGUACGAUUUCGUUCACAGGACACAUAUCGAUAUAUUUGGGUUUCAUUACCCUGCUGCUUUUCCCGGCUGGUUUGCCGAUGAUUGGAUAACAGAGGUUUAUAAACCCAGUAGAACUAAAAAAAUUGAUAACAUAAAGGUUAUACACACAAUGGCAGUGGGCACCCGAUAUAAUGUGAGAGUAGAUUUGAAAACAAAAUUAAAAAGUCAGGUGGAACACGACAAAGAGACAUUGAACUCAUGGUUAAAGAAGCAAGGUAAAAAUCCAUAGAGUCUCAGUAGAAUUCCUAUAGUGUCCAUUCGAAGGUGCUCCAGCCCAUUACCUUCGUCUAUUAGAGUCCCAUAGAGACCUAUACUCGGUACGACGUCCUUUAGGACAUUUUUGUAAGAGUUGUAAAGGGCCCACGUUUUCUGUAUGGUGACUUGCAGGAGAAUGUGGGUCCCUGGAGUCCAAUCCUAUACUACAACUCGCACUGUAGACGAAGAUAAUGUACACUUAUUGACCAGUUGGAGUUUAUUGUGCUGUCUGUUUGUCAGUUCACGCUCUGCAAAUAGAUAUCUCACGAAUUGCAGUGAGGAUUUUCUUAAGACCCCAUUUUCAGAGAUUAGAUCGAUCUACUUUAGAUCGACCUAACUCCCUGGGGGUUCACGCUAAAUAGCUGUCA